AUGGUGGAUCUUCUGGCCGACGAGGAAUCUGGUCCAGAGCAGGUGACGUUCGAACACUUUGCACAUCCAUGCACCUUGGCCUCGCUUAAUGUCAAGCCUGAAUACAACAUGGAAUGCGAGGCGUGCGGUGCGCAGCUGUCAGGGGAGGUGUAUGGAUGCCGUCGCUGUGUUUUCUUUCUGCACAAGAAGUGUGCAGAGUCGCCCCAGGAGAUACGGGGUCACCCUUUCCUCUCCCGCCACCCUCUGGCUCCUGUCUUCCAUCGAAAAGAUCAGAAGAAGCUCGUAUGCCGGGCAUGUCGCCGUCUGGUGUUUAAAGCCUACCGCUGCAAAGACUGCGAUUUCAGUCUCUGCCAUGGCUGCACGAAUGCAACUCUGCCUCUUCGCCAUCCGAGAGAGGAGACACAAGACAGUCGCCCUCCAACCAAUCACUUCUUCUUCCACCAACAUCGGCUGGCAUUCUACUGCACGGAGAAGGAGAUGCCAUUCUUUUGCAAUGCCUGUAAUCAGCACUUGUCGGGCGAGUUCUGUGGCUGCCCGGACUGCUCUUUCUUCGUCCACGAGUCGUGUGUCAAAUCGCUGUCCAGAGAAAUGAAACACAACCUCGAUCCUGUUCCUGACCACCCUCUGACCCUCUCUCCAUCUACUCCUGAGGCGCAUAAACAAUGCAGAAGCUGCCAUGAUUUCGUUCGCGGUGUUUUCACCUACAAUUGCACUUCUAUCUUCACAUCCGUUGUGCUCUUCAAACUCUCGCAUAUCUUAAGCAGGGAGCAAAUACCACAAACCAUCAAAAGCCAUCACAUUGAUGAGUUAACCCUCCACGAAUCAAUUGUUGAAGCUGAGCCUGGUGAGUACUACUGCGACAUUUGCGAGCAAAGGGAUCCGGAACUAUGGGCUUACUAUUGCAAAAUAUGCACGUUGAUUGCUCAUGUUGCUUGUGCACUAUCUCCGCUGAAGGAAAUCGAGCCAAUUUUUCAGGUGAAAUUGAACAUAGUGGAAGGAAACCCUGAACUUGAAAAGCUAGACGAAGAAAUUGAACGCGUACAGAAAGAAGUGGAGAGAGAGAAAGAGAAUCUGGAGAAACUGACGGCGAAUCUGGUGGAACUGAAGGCAGGACGUGCUACAGUAGCCGAGCUGUGUUAUCACGUUUAA